AAUGGAGCCAAUAAAUUUCCAGCGAAGAUAUUUUUUUAAUCCCUCUCUCUAUCUCUCUCUUUCUUUCUUUCUCUAUCAUCAUCCACUACUUCGCAGCAUCCGCUCCCUGCAAAAAGCGUCCAAUCCUCUUUCUCCCGCUCUCUUUUACGUCAGCUUGGAUUUUGAUUCUCCAAAUCGCCUCUGAAUCUUUAAUUUCUGGCUGUUGAUUAAUACCUUCAUUUCUGAAGACCUCACGGAUCAACGAUUUCUGGCUUGUUUAGUUUUCUGAGCAGCUGAGGGAAAGGCAAAUCUAAGCAUAUAUUUCCGAAGCCAAUCACGCAUUUCCGAAUCGGAUAAAAAGUCGGAUCUAAGGCACGCACAAUUAUGUCUUUCAUUGGCACACAACAGAAAUGCAAGGCGUGCCUGAAGACUGUUUAUCCGGUUGAGCAGUUGUCUGCUGAUGGAGUGGUUUACCAUAAAUCGUGCUUCAAGUGCUCUCACUGCAAUGGGACACUUAAGCUGAGCAAUUAUUCCUCAAUGGAGGGUGUUCUUUACUGUAAGCCUCACUUUGAGCAGCUCUUUAAGGAGUCUGGAAAUUUCAACAAGAAUUUUCAGUCACCUGCGAAGUCAGCUGAGAAGUUAACUCCAGAGCUGACAAGGUCACCCAGCAAAGCUGCCAGCAUGUUUUCUGGGACACAAGAGAAAUGUGCAACCUGUGGUAAAACAGCUUAUCCACUUGAGAAGGUAACCGUGGAGAGCCAGGCUUAUCACAAAUCAUGUUUCAAGUGCUCCCAUGGUGGCUGCCCAAUAUCCCCAUCAAAUUAUGCAGCCCUUGAGGGCAUUUUGUAUUGCAAACACCAUUUUGCCCAGCUUUUCAAGGAGAAAGGAAGCUACAACCAUCUAAUUAAGUCCGCAUCAAUGAAGCGCUCAGCAGCCUCUGUUCCUGAUGCUUGAACUCCAUAACAAUAUUUUAUCCUCUAAUUACAUGGCUUUGUUUUGUUUUUGGGUGUGUUUUCUUUAGAUUUUGCCAUGAUUUCCAGGGUGAGAAACUGUCAAAGACGAUACUGUUCUCUUGUCCUUGUUUUCUGCUCAUCCGUGUUGUCAUCUUUGUGUUUGAUUUAUGGGAAUGUGCAUUCCCACAGUUGUGAAAUGAACUUUAUUACCAAGAGUGACUGUUGUUAGCUCC